UUGCUGUAUAUCUAUGAUAUCUAAUGCAGGAUGUUUUGACGAAUAUGGGUACUGAUGCAAUUAGAGAAGAUUUUCUACAAGGAAAAUGUAAAGUUACACUGACACAGGAAGAACUUCAAUCGAUUGAUGAUCUAUAUGUUGAAUUAACACCCAAAAAGGAAGAGCCUCGAGCUUUUGUUGACAUGUUUCAAACUCCGGCCGAAACUAUGGUAGCUCUCAUUGAUGGAAAGAACAAAGAGGCUUUUGGAACUACUUACUCAGCCUUAAAGGCAAAACUUUUGGAGGUUGCAACUUCUGGCUACUUUGACACAUUAGCACCAGCCCCAUUAGCCGAAGAACCACCAGUUGCGGAAAAUGUGUCUACUGAGCUUACUGAUGCAGAAAAAAUACCGGAAAUGAUACCUGUUGAGCAAAUUGAAGAAAUGAAUUUGAGACAAUUAAAUGAACAAACUCCUGUACAAAAUGUGCAAAGUUGUUCCUUCCAACCAACUGGAGCUAAACCGAUGCCACUUCCACAAGUAAUGACACCCCAGGAUCAGUUUAAUUUUGCACAGCAGGUUCAACCUGAAGUCAUGCCUGGAGCCCCAUCAAUUGAGACAACAUACUUUACCCCAUCCCACUUAAGAGUAUUUAAGUCUGGUACUAUUGACUUCAUGCAGGUUUGUAAUUUUCCCAAUGCAUUUUGUUCAGAAACUUUCAAUCAACAAUGGGAAGCGGUUGCUUGAUGAUAAUUUUGGAUUCCCCUACAUAAAAAACAGUGAAUGAGAAAAACUUUCUGAUUGCGCUUCUUAAUAUUUCAAACCCACUUUUUUCGUAAUGCAUUAAAAUAUACAAAAGACAUUUGGGAUGAAGGUUGUUAGAUAAAAACAUUUACUUUGGGAGAA